CCUGGCAAUUUGCCUCUGAAUUUUUUUCCUCCACAGACCCUGCAAUUCUCUCUCUUCUCCGUCUCCACAAUCUCCAAAUUCUUUUCAUGGAUACUUCCUUUCUCGAUUCACUUUCGGAUUCGGAUUUUGAUCUCGAUUUACAUCUCAUCAUGGGUAAAAAAAGUUCUCAGAAGAAAUUUGCUACAAUGCUGGAUAGUGAUGAUACCGAUAGUAUGAGCUCAUCGACCUCGUCGAUGCGCUUGGACAAUAUGACAGAGAAUGGUCUCAGUGAAGUUCAGGUUGGUAAGGAUGAUUUGCUUGAUCAGUGUUUGGAUGCUUUGUACGAGAAGAGGGGGUCAACUAGAGAAAAGGCAUUGGCAUCUAUUAUUGAGUCAUUCAAUAGCAGCUUGCAGAAUGAAUUUGUCGAAACAAAAUUUGCUACAUUGCUGCAGCAGUGCCUCAAUUCCAUUAAGAAGGGUUCUGCGAAGGAGGUUGCCCUGGCAUCUCAUGCAAUAGGACUUUUAGCAGUGACUGUGGGUCCUGGGGAGAAGGCUCAAGAGAUCUUGGAAGAAUCACUCUCCCCUAUAUCGGAUGCCCUUAGAAUUCGUCCUGAGACAUCUAAGAUUCUGUCGUUGCUCCAAUGUUUGGCUGUUAUUACUUUUGUUGGCGGUGAAGAUCCAGAACAGACGGAAAAAUCAAUGCACAUAAUGUGGCAAGUGGCUCGUCCGAAAUUGGGUGCCAAUGUGGCUGCCUUUAAACCUUCGCCAGCAGUGAUAGCGAUGAUGGUCUCUUCCUGGUCAUUUUUACUCACUACUGUGAAUGGCUGGGCGCUGAACCCUAAGAGUUGGCAAGAGUCAAUCUUGUACUUCUCUACACUGUUGGACAAGGAUGACAGAGCACUGCGUAUUGCAGCUGGUGAAGCACUUGCCUUAAUCUUUGAGAUAGGGAACCUAGACAAAUUCUGCGGCGAAAAUAAGGACUCUUCUGAGCCCACUAUUGAUGAAGGGAAGGAUUCCCGAAAAUUGAUGUACUUACAUGGAUUGAGAACUAAAAUACUUGGUCAAGUGCGGGGCCUCUCUGCUGAGGCUGGUGGUAAAGGUUCUGCCAAGAAAGAUCUCAAUAGUCAGAGGAACACUUUCCGUGAUAUCCUAGACUUCCUUGAGGACGGUUAUACACCCGAGACCUCAAUGAAGAUAGGUGGAGAUCCUCUGAAUACAAGCUCAUGGACUCAAUUGAUACAGUUGAACUUCCUGAAACAUUUCCUUGGAGGAGGAUUUGUGAAGCACAUGCAGGAGAACCAAUUUCUCCAUGAUGUGUUUGGUUUCACGCCCAAGAAGAAGCUCCUAUCAGGGACCGAACAGCGUAUGUCAGGGAGCGAAAAGAGAAUGUACAAGUCCCCUAACUCAGCUCUCAGCAAGGCACGGACGCAGUUACUGAACAAACAACGGACAUUGGCCCAGGGGAGGAACGCAGGCCACUUUGCAGUCGAUGAGUAAAAAGAGGAUCAAGCACUCUCGGGGAUAUAAAUAACAUUUGUUGCACCCCUUUUGCCUACACAUUCGGACGAUAUACUAUUUGUUUACAGAUUGGGAAUCCACUGUAUUAACACACCAUUUAUUCACUAUAAUCUUCUCUGAGGCAAUGCUAUUAAUCUUAUUAUAGGCCA